UGCCUUGCAAACCUUAAUGCGAUUCCUGUCCAACUGCGUAAUCUACCUGUCUGCAACUGCGCAGACCAGGCAUGGAAAGUUAUAACCCAUCUUCAAAGCAUAAAGUGGGAAGUAAUAGAACUUAAAAUGAUAUUUAGGAAUUGCUUAACCUUAUUUGUUGCCUUAACGCAACUACUACUCGCAACCGCAAACCGUGUGUGCGAAAGCAGUGGAUUUUGUUCAAACGGCAAAGUUAGAGGCUAUAUAGGGCCACUUGAUACCGCUGAGCAGUUGCAGGAUGCACUGGAGGCAACUCAUUUUAGAAAAGAGGUCAUCGUCUUUGGGGAGACCCGACUACCAGAUGCCGCACAAGCCUUAGCGCGGUUUAGGGAUGCUGGAUAUAGUCAUGUUAUACCAGUUUUGGAAGAGGUCGUUCAGUGCCACCAUCUAAAGGGACUAUUUUAUCCUUGGCCACCUGAUGAAGGCCCCAUCAGUUGUGGAACAUAUGCCACCAGUGAUGCCAGUGGCCAGGAGUACAUCACAAAAUUUAAAUACCUCGCCCGAUUGGUUGGAUACUCCGCCUGGUGGCGCAAAUGGUUCACCGUUGGUCGAGCCGUCGCACUGGGCUACAAUGUGAUGGCUGUCGACACGGAUGUGCUUGUGCUUGACGACUGGUACUGGCGGGUGAAGCAGCCGCCACUUAGUGACUUCAACAUGCUCACACAGAACGAGUGGGGAAUCAGCUUCAACGGCGGCUUUAGCUACAUCCAGAACGCAGCUUCCUCGGGGCCAAUCGCCUGGCUGCUGUUCGAGGCGCUGCAUAGAGCGGUUCGAUGGGCCGAGGACGACUCCGCCAUCCAAGCCGUCUCCUCCGUUUACAAAUCUCAUCGGCAUAUGGGUCUCAACGACCAAGGUAUACUGCAGGAGUGCCUCCACAGCGCGGUGGCGGGACACCCCAUUUUCCCCUCUGUGAUGGCGUUUUACGCAAACGACGAGGCGGCCUAUCGCCGCCUGGGCAUCACCAAUCCGGAGAUGUUUCGAGCUAUGCACGACCCGGUGAUGGAGGCUUGGGAGAUGGGGAAGAAAUACUCCGUGGCGGGGGAGCUUGGCGAGCUGGUUUGCGAGCGGUUCAUGAACGCGAGUUGCCCCACUUUUGAGAGGAGUCUGGUGCAGAUAUCCACCGCCAUGCUGAGGAUGCCCCACAGCGGUGUGAAGCUGUGGCCGGAUCCCGAGGACCCCAACACGGAGGAGGCGGCGAGGGCGACCAAGUCCGAGAUGUUUGGCUACCUCGCGAGCCGGCGAGUGCCAUACUACCCCCUGGUGGGGAUUGGCCACAUCUGGGCUAAUCUGUUCCCUGGCGAGUACCAGAAGGAGAUAAUCCUCAUGCACACUGGCUGGUACAAUUGGCGGAUAGCGGCCAGGUUGGCUAAGAGCCGGCAGCGAGUUUACAUCGCCAACCAGCCUUGUUCCCUGAGCCACAUGCACGUCCCCGUGCCGGAGGUCCGCACCGUGAUUGCAUACCAGCCAGGAGUCAUACAUGCAGGACUUAGCAAGGAGCAGUACGUGGCGGCUGUACAGGGGCUGGCGCAGGUGGCGGUGGCGUUGGGGGCCAUUGCGGCGUGGCCCGCUGCGCCCUGCGAUAGCGAGUGGGCGCUCACGGAGGUGGCACGCAAGGAGGGCCGCCGUGUGACGGAGCACACCGUACCAUGGUCGUACCUGGAUACGUCCUACACCGUGCAACCAUUCGGUAACAGCCUGGAGGAGCUGAAGUGCGAGUGGGCGGGCUUUUCGCACUACGACUGUCUCUGCAGCUCUUCUCCUGAACGAAUGGAUACGGGUCGCGGCAUGUUGGCAGUGGAGUUCCAUCACCUGCUGGCAACCAGCAACGCUCCGCACAAUACGGAAACGACACUGAAGUUAGGGGAUGGUGUCCCUGCCGCACCGCUGUCAGCUGGCAACACCGUGCCCCAUGCCGUGCGGCACGCGGACCUGGUCUCCUUGAACGCGGAGUCCUUGCUGCUACGGCCCCAGAGGGAGCACAUGCCCAUCUUCUGGCUGGAUCGUCUGGUGGAAGUGCCGGACCUGGGGGGGGAGGCGGCGCGGGUGUUUACCAGUUGGCGCCAGAGGUGCCUGGCGCUGCGCUACCUGGACCUGCCAGAGGACCAGCGGGGGAGAGUAUAG